UCUCACUCUCUCUCUCUCUCUCAUUCAUUCCUACCAUAGGCUCACACCCUGCUCUCUUCUCUCUUUCUCUCUCAGAAUGACAAUUCUAAGUAUAGCUUUUGGUACAGUUUUCUAUUUACUUCAAGUCGUUUCUGGAGAAAGUGGCUAUGCACAGAAUGGAGACUUUGAAGAUGCAGAACUGGAUGACUACUCAUUCUCAUGCUACAGCCAGUUGGAAGUGGAUGGAUCCCAGCACUUGCUAAGCUGUGCUUUUGAGGACCCAGAUGUCAACAGCACCAAUCUGGAAUUUGAAAUAUGUGGGGCCCUUUUGGAGGUAAACUGCCUGAAUUUUAGUAAACUGCAAGAGACGUAUUUUGUCAAGACAAAGAAAUUCUUACUGAUUGGAGAUAGCAAAAUCUGUGUGAAGCUUGGAGGAAAGCACAUAACUUGCAGAAAAAUGAACAUAGUCAAGAGAGUUAAACCUGAGGCUCCUUUUGACAUAAGAGUUAUCUAUCGUGAGGAAGCAAAUGACUUUGUGGUGACAUUUAAUACAUCGCACUUGCAAAAGAAGUAUGUGAAAGAUUUAAUGCAUGAGGUAGCCUACCGCCAGGAAAAAAAUGAAAAUGAUUGGAUGCAUGUGAAUUUAUCCAGUACAAAGCUGACACUCCUACAGAGAAAGCUACAACCUGAUGCGAUGUAUGAGAUUAAAGUCCGAUCCAUCCCUAACACCAACUACUUUGAAGGCAUCUGGAGUGAAUGGAGUCCAAGUUUCCACUUCAGGACUCCAGAGACCACCAUCGGGGAGAUGGAUCCUGUUUUACUAAUUAUCAGCAUUGUGAGUUUCUUCUCUGUGGCUCUGAUGGUCAUUUUGGCCUGCGUGUUAUGGAAAAAAAGAAUUAAGCCUAUUGUAUGGCCCAGUCUCCCUGAUCAUAAGAAGACUCUGGAACAACUGUGCAAGAAACCAAAAAAGAAUUUGAAUGUGAGUUUCAAUCCUGAAAGUUUCCUGGACUGCCAGAUUCAUAAGGUGGAUGGCAUCCAAGCUAAAGAUGAAGCAGAAGGCUUUCUGCAAGACACCUUUCCUCCACAACUAGAUGAUUCUGAAAAGCAGAGGCUUGGAGGGGGUGUGCAGGGCCACAACUGGCCAUCCCAGCAUGAAGUCAUCACCCCAAAAACUUUCAGAGGAGAUUCACCCCUCGGAUGCCUGGCUGGGAAUGUCAGCGUGUGUGACGCCCCUGUUCUCGCCUCCUCCAGGUCCCCAGACUGCAGGGAAGGUGGCGAGAAUGGGCCUCAGGUGUACCAGGGCCUGCUGCUUGGCACUGGAACUACAAACAGCACGCUGCCCCCUUCAUUUCCUUUCCAGUCGGGAAUCCUGACGUUGAAUCCUGCUGUCCAGGGACAGCCCCUCCUCACUUACUUGGGAUCAAGUCAAGAAGAGGCAUACGUCACCAUGUCCAGCUUCUACCAAAACCAGUGAAUUAUAAGAAACCCAGGACUAGAACCAUUGUGACCAACAAAAGGUGACUGAGCUCCUAGUCUCCCUCGCAGCACAAAGAAGACAAAAUUAAGGCAACCCCUCUACACAAUCUACAGGACUCUGAAACAUCGCUUUGACCACUCUUCCCUGCUUCAAUGGCGUUUGGCAUGAGGCAGGAGCAUUCUACUUCAGGCAACCCAAAUGAUUGAAUUAUUUCAGAAAAAAAAAAAGCAGGAAAGAGUGAAAGAAAGGAUGGAGGAAAGGACGGAGGAGUAAGGAAGGCAGGAAAGGAGCAAAGGAUGAAGAAGGAAGGGAGAACAAGAAUAAUAGAUGCCGUUCUUAGGACUUACUCUGUAUCCAGUGCUGUGCUAAGUGCUCUGCACAUCUUGUCUCGCCUCAUCCUCACAAUAAUCCUGGGAGGUGGGUGCAAUUAUUUUAUUAUUCUCUUUGUUGUCAAUGAUAAAAUGGAGGCUUAAAGUAACUUGUCCGUGUUUCCCACUCAGCGAGAUGUGGUACCCAGAUUUGAUGCCCAGGAGUCUAACUGCAGCCUCCUCCAAACCACGUGCCUUCCUCUUAACUAGGGACUAUCCCAUUCUUGAGCGCCAAACCUCACUCAUAAGAGGGUGACUACAUAAUUUAACUGUCCAAACUGGGUCAAUUUUGAAAGUGAAAGGGGAAGUUAUAAAUAAUCCCUCCAAGGCAACAAGCGUAAACUGGGAGUGUCCCAGACAAAUGGGGACAUAUGGUUACCCGAACUAAGAAGGCUAUGAGGAAGAAAGUGGGGGAGAAAUGGUCUCAUGAAAUGUGAGGCACGAUGGCCAGCCAUGUCUACAAAAAGAGAAGAGGGCAAGAAAAAGCCAGAAAGCCCAUUUAAUUUCAUUUUUAUGAAAAAGUGUUCAAGCUGGGAUAAACUAGAAGCCCAGAAUUUCUAUUGUUAGUUACUGAGAGCGCGAUCCUACUCCCACUACUCCACUCAGCCACAUUCAUCUAUGAUAGGCGUACCUGUAGCCGACUCUGGCAUUUGAGCAAUGGUCGGGGAAUAACCCUUCUGUGUGUGUAAAGACUGCCCCACCCUGCAUUCAUCCACAACUGUCCGUAGUUCUACAGCCAUGGAUGUUGCCACAAACUUCAGGAAGAAGACACGGAAGCACAUACAGUGAGUGAACCGACUGUUGCCAUGUUCUCGAAGAUACAGAGAAGAAAUGUAUUAUGAAUAUUUGACAUGUGUCCUCUUGCAUUUCUUGGUCUAGAUGAAUUUCUAAUGACUAUCUCAAACCAGGUCAAGGCAGCUGAGUGGUCUCAGCUCGGGGGAGUGUAGCCAACCCCUCUCCUACAGACCCCCAGACCCCGAUGUACCCAGAACCAGGCAGAGCAGAGGCAGGACGGGGAAGUAAUGAAGGACAUAAGGGUUUAUUUGCAGUCUGUCAUUGUUGUUUACAUUUUGCAUUUUUUUCUUUGUUCUGUUCUUAAUUUGUUUAGGGGGAGGGCUAAGUGUUUUUAAUUUUUUAGUCUUCUUAUUCGUUUUGGUCUGUGAUGUCUGUGGAGCGAGUUUUAAAUAGUGAACUAAUGGAUCUUAUCUGUUGGCUUAGAGGCCUAAUAAUAAUCACACCAUUUUGUUCUUCCUUUGGGUGUUGUACUUUCCAAGUCCUUUCCUCUGAAUCAGUGGUAAUGAAUAUAUUCCUAUAAUCCUUUAGAUUUCUUAGUGCUUUUGUCAUUUUCAAAGCACUUCCAUAAGCAUUAUCCCUUGCAUUUCUUUGACAAGUAUUUACGGAAAGCCUGCUAUGUGCCAACCACGGUGUUAGGCACAGGGCAUCUAAAACAAGCAAGGUUGGGACUCUGCCCUCAUAAAGCAAAAAAUUGAACAAAAAUGGCAGGUUUGUAAACAGAUGGUUGUAAUAACACAAAAUACUAUAAUGGAUGCAUGUUCGAAGUGCCCUGUUGGAGACAGCCAGAGAAAAAUGCCACAAAAGUGAUAUACAUCUGCAUGGAGGAAAAGUAGAAUCUGCCUGGUGUGUAAGUAGCAGAAGACAUUUUCCACACAGGUGAGCAUAUGUUCUUUAGCUUUUUUAGAAAUGGGAGCCAAGUCUCAAAGAGGAGAUCAUCACAGGAAACCUCAUGCCCAUCCUAGCUCUCUAGUACCUUAUUCACAGAUGUCCUAUGAAGUAUUUAUUAUUAGUAUCUUUGGCUUAUGGGAAAAUUGGGACAUGGAGAAGAUGGGUCAGUUACUCAACCUUACAUGUUAGGUCAGGACUGGAAGCCAUAAAUUUGUAUCCCUGAUAUAAAUAGAUAACCUCUUGAAGAAAUGAGGAAAUAAGUCUAGAGGAAGAUCAAGGUCUCUCCAGCUCUAAAAUCCUCUGUUCCAAUGUUGUUCGGCACGGGUUAUCAUGUGAAUUUAGUGUGUGAACGUCUGUCUGUUACUGGAGGCAUUUAAAAUUGGUGUACCAUACUGUCAUAAUCAUAACUGCUGCUAAUGCUUGAUUAUAUACUCAGAGACAAUGUAUAAUGUAAGAUUACAAAUUUGUUCUCAUCAACCCCCUUUUGUAUUUCACUAAGAAAGAAAAACUCCUGGUCAGAGACAAUGCAUAAAUCAGAGAUGUAAAUGGAUAGUUCUAUAUAGCACGAAAAGAAAGGAAAACUGAUAAAUACGUGGCUAAAUUGGUCAAUUAACCGUGUCUGGAUCUAGGGGAACCUGGCUUAUUUGAUUGAUUUUCUACCAGACUUCGCCUCUCCCUUAAUUCUGAUUUCCAUGGAAAUUUGCUUCAGAAAAGCCAAGCAUGGGCUGUUUCAGAUGUGCAGAAUUGUGUUUUGAAAGCAUUUAUGGGGGGGCUGCAAGGCUUGGAACUGACCAGGGAGAGGAUGAGAAUACGCGGUUGGACAGCUGGAACGAUGCAGAUCAGGUGACGUUUCUGCCAGCUCAGUGGAUUUUCUUUGGGGUUAUUCUUAAAAAUAUCCAUCACUACACUGAUAGUCUCUGAUUGAACUGUGUACUCUUCACCUGCAUUACAAACAUUUUGCGGAGCUGCUAAGUAUACAAGUAUUCAAUGUGUGUUAAACAUCUUGUAUUUAAUUAAAUGCUAUGAAACUCUC